GAUAUUUGGAUUGGAUUACUCAGGCUGAGGAUAUAGAACCAGAUGAUAAGGAAGAAAGUGAAGAUUCAAGGCAUGAUGUUUAUGUAACCAAGGAGAAUGAUGUAGAUGCUGGAGAUAAAGUAGAAGGGGAAAGAACCAGUGUUGAAAAUCUAAAAUCUGCUACUUGGUGGGCAACUAAAAGUAAGCAGUUUGCGAAGCAGAACAGGAGACUGAGAAGAGCUUGUCGAAAGGGAGUGAAAUCGCAGGCCUUCUACUGGAUUGUCAUUAUUCUAGUUUUCUUCAACACCUUUACACUGGCUUCAGAACACUACCAACAACCAGCAUGGCUUGAUCAUUUCCAAGAGGUUUCCAACAUGUUUUUUGUGGUGCUGUUUAGUGUAGAAAUGCUUCUGAAGAUGUAUAGCUUGGGCUUUCAAGGCUACUUUGUCUCCCUUUUCAACCGUUUCGACUGCUUCGUGGUGAUAAGCUCAAUCAUGGAGAUGGUUUUAACGUACACUGACGUCAUGCCACCUCUGGGAGUUUCUGUAUUGAGAUGUGUUAGGCUAUUGAGAAUCUUCAAAGUGACCAAAUACUGGGCCUCUUUAAGAAACCUGGUAGCAUCCCUCAUCAACUCCAUGCGUUCCAUUGCAAGUUUAUUGUUGCUCCUGUUCCUAUUCAUCGUCAUCUUUGCACUCUUGGGUAUGCAGGUUUUUGGCGGAAAGUUUAACUUUGCAGAAACAGAGGAGAAACCACGCAGCAAUUUUGAUUCCUUUUGGCAGUCAUUGCUUACGGUAUUUCAGAUUCUCACUGGUGAAGACUGGAAUGUUGUGAUGUAUCAUGGUAUUAAUGCAUAUGGUGGGGUUAGCUCUAUUGGUAUUCUGGCUUGCAUAUAUUUCAUAAUUCUUUUCAUUUGUGGUAACUACAUUCUGUUAAACGUAUUCUUGGCUAUUGCUGUGGACAACUUGGCUGAUGCAGAAAGUCUGACUGCAAUUGAUAAGGAAGAUGAGGGGGAAGGAGCUGAAGAGCAGGUAGAGGAUGUUGUUGAGAGUAAAGAGGCAGAAGAAGAAAAGCCAGUAGAAAAGAAGAAGAGAAAAAAGAGAAAGAGGAAGAAAAAGAAAAAAUUGAUAGAUGAAGAAGUAGACAAAGAAGAGAUGGAACAACUUGAUAAAGUUGACACUUUGCAACUGAACCAUGCUCCUCACAUCAGAGCUUCUAUGGACGUGCUUCACAAGCCUGUUCAUAUAAAAGUGGAUGAUACUUCUGCAGAGGAAGAUGAGGAAAAGACAGUAGAAGGAGAUGAUGAUGAUGAAGAUGAAGAAUAUGAUGAGGAAGAAGAAGAUGAAGAGGAAGAAGAAGAUGAAGAAGAAGUUGAAGAGAAAGAAAAAGAUUUAGAAUCAGUUGUAAUAUCUACUGGAGCUCGCCCUCGACGUGCUUCUGAGCUUACUAUCCCCACAAAAAUUCACCCCAUUCCUAAGGCCUCAUCUUUCUUUGUCUUCUCUCAUACAAAUAUAAUCCGUGUCUUUUGCCAUCGUAUUAUAAACCACUCAAUCUUCGGCAACCUUGUUCUUGUUUGUAUUCUCGUCAGUAGCACCAUGUUAGCAGCAGAAGAUCCUCUUAAUGCAAAUUCAGAAAGAAAUAAAGUUCUCAAAUACUUUGAUUACUUUUUCACCACUGUCUUUACAAUUGAAAUCACGUUAAAGGCUAUUACAUAUGGUGUUAUUCUUCACAAAGGCUCGUUUUGUCGGAGUGCAUUCAAUCUCUUAGAUGUCCUGGUUGUUUCCGUGUCCCUCAUAUCUUUCGCUUUUGACAAUGAAGCUAUAUCUGUUGUCAAAAUUCUUCGUGUCCUGAGAGUGUUAAGACCACUAAGAGCCAUUAAUAGAGCCAAGGGACUCAAGCAUGUAGUUCAGUGUGUCAUAGUAGCAGUGAAAACUAUAGGGAACAUCAUGUUGGUGACAUUUCUUCUAAAUUUCAUGUUUGCGGUUAUUGGAGUACAACUUUUCAAGGGGAAAUUUUUUUCGUGCUCUGACCCGUCAAAAAUAACACAGCAGGAAUGCGAGGGAGAGUACAUAGUGUACCAAGGAGGAGACAUAAAAAAACCGAGCCUAGAACAGAGAGAAUGGGAUAAAUAUAUCUUUAAUUUUGACGAUGUUUCACAAGGCAUGCUUACACUUUGUACCGUAUCGACAUUUGAGGGUUGGCCGCUUUUAUUGUAUGUAGCCAUUGACUCCAAUGCAGAAGACAUGGGACCCAUUCACAACUAUCGACCAAUGGUAGCUGUCUUCUUCAUUGUCUACAUUAUCAUUAUUGCUUUCUUUAUGGUGAACAUCUUCGUAGGUUUCGUCAUCGUAACAUUUCAGAAUGAGGGAGAGCAAGAGUAUAAGAACUGUGAAUUAGACAAGAAUCAGAGGAAUUGCAUAGAGUAUGCACUGAAGGUUAAGCCGGUAAGGCGUUUCAUCCCAAAGCACCGUUUCCAGUAUAAGAUAUGGUGGUUUGUCACUUCCCAAUAUUUUGAAUAUGCUAUCUUUAUCUGCAUCAUGAUCAACACCUUGUCACUAGCAAUGAAAUAUCACAACCAGCCCCAAGGAUAUACUAUGGCUUUGGACAUUCUCAACCAGAUUUUUACGGCAGCAUUUGCCCUGGAGUUUGUUUUGAAAGUGAUGGCUUUUGGAUUCAAGAAUUAUUUUGGUGAUCCUUGGAAUGUAUUUGAUUUCAUCAUUGUUCUUGGCAGCUACAUAGAUAUUCUUGUCUCGGAAUUAAAUCCUGGUACCAACAUUAUCAGCAUAAAUUUUUUUCGUUUGUUUCGUGUGAUGCGCCUCAUAAAACUACUCAGCAGAGGGGAAGGAAUUAAAACUCUGCUGUGGACUUUUAUUAAGUCCAUUCAGGCUUUGCCUUAUGUAGCGUUGCUUAUUGUCAUGCUGUUCUUCAUAUAUGCUGUGAUUGGGAUGCAGGUUUUUGGAAAAAUUGCCCUUGACCCUGAUUCUGCCAUCCACAGAAAUAACAAUUUCCAAACUUUUCCACAAGCAAUUUUAGUGUUAUUUAGGUCUGCCACUGGAGAAGCGUGGCAAGACAUUAUGAUGGGUUGCUCGAACAAGCCAACGGUGAUGUGCGAUCCUCGCUCUAAUACCCCGGGCACCUGUGGAAAUGAUUUUUCUUUGCCAUAUUUCAUCUCUUUCUAUAUCCUUUGUUCUUUUUUGGUUAUUAACCUCUUCGUGGCAGUCAUUAUGGAUAACUUUGAUUACCUCACACGAGACUGGUCCAUUUUAGGCCCUCAUCACUUGGAGGAGUUUGUGCGACUGUGGUCUGAAUAUGAUCCAGAUGCCAAAGGACGGAUCAAACAUCUUGAUGUAGUAACUUUGUUACGGAAGAUUUCACCACCGCUAGGAUUUGGUAAACUCUGUCCUCACCGAGUAGCUUGUAAAAGGCUUGUAUCAAUGAAUAUGCCCUUGAAUACUGACGGAAGCGUCAUGUUUAAUGCUACCUUAUUUGCAGUUGUUCGAACAUCUUUACGUAUCAAAACAGAAGGAAACAUUGACGAAGCAAACGAGGAACUGCGUGCAGUUAUAAAAAAAAUCUGGAAAAGAACUAGUCCAAAACUUUUGGACCAAGUUGUGCCACCUGCUGGAGCGGAAGAUGAUGUUACAGUGGGCAAGUUUUAUGCAACAUUCUUGAUCCAGGACUACUUCAGACGAUUCAAGAAAAGAAAGGAAGAAAGGGCUCUUGGAGGUGCCGAUAAUGCUGUAGCUUUAACGGCUGGCUUACGUACUCUCCACGAAAUGGGUCCUGAGAUCCGACGAGCUAUCUCUGGAAAUUUGGACACAGAUGAGUUUGGAAAUACUUGGGAUUCAGAGCCUUUACAUAGGAGAAACCAUCCAUUCUUUGGUAACAUGUGGUCUUCAGUAAGAAGAAAGCAGCCAGAUAGAGCACAUGGUAAUUCCAUAGGUCUCCUUGCUAAGCCUUGCACACCAAGUCCAACACAGUACGACCAUACGAAACCUCCACAGGACGGUUUGGCAAAAGCCAUCGGUGAUCAUUCGUCUCUUGCUGGUCGAACAGUGAGCAAAGCAAGUUCUUCCCUAGAGGACUCUGAUGAACACUUAGGACCCAAACCUCCCACUCCACCCCCAAGGAAGUUUCUUAGAAAGGGUGGGGGUGGUAGUUUCCGUCUGGCUUGUCUCAGCAAGCAGGACAGUCAUGAACAACCCAUUAUCACUGAUUCCGAACCUGAACAACAUCAGCAGCAGAAUUGUUACCAUGACAACAGAUCUCUGAAUCAUGUUGCUGCUUCUCUUAGGCUGGCUCAGCUUCCUGCCUUAGCAGUAGCAGGACUCACUCCUGAUGGUGACAUUCGUCACUCAACUCAUCAACAGAAUGGUCAUCAUGAGGAUGGAAAACCUUACUACCUUCCAACUCACAAACUUACUUAUCAUGUCAAAGUUUUAUGUCAGUCUAAAGAACAUUCGCACAGACCACUUAGGACACUGGUAUAUCUGCUGUGA